UUUUAUUUUACAUUCUCAUUAGCUUCUCAAAGAGAUCAAGUGUCCACUCCAGAUCCCCACAUAACAACCAGCCAUCCUAAUGAGUGGCAAUGGAAGGCCACACGGUCAGCUGCUCUGUAUUGGCGUAUCUUCAUUGAAGCUAGUGGACCUAUGCCAAUUUACAGCAACUGACAAUUUGGCCCAGAGUCUCUUCUGGUAUUGGAAGCAAUCCAAGGUGAUUAGAAUGAGGAGUCAGAUGCUCAGAUACAAUAGAGGUGGGCACACUAGUUAUUUUUAUUAUUAAACAGAGAUUGAGAAUUUCCAGGCUUCUAGGAUAGAAGAUGUACUUAAAAUUCCAGAUAUUCCCCAAAGUGCCAAAGAGAGACUGUUGCCUUUGAUCACUGCAAUAUGUGGAUUGAUAUACACUCGCUGAGGAUCAGGACCUUUUAACUUUUAUUAUCUAACAAAAUAUAGCAAACCUCUAAUAACACUUUUGACGAAAUGUAAAAAGGAGCUGCUGAGUACCCCUGUGAUAUACCUGGAAACUCAAAAAGAUACUGUCUGCCGUGUCCCUGGUUAAUUUUCAGAAUUGUUGCUUCUGGAAAGCAGUGUCUCCAGAAAUGGAAUUGCAGCAACCCCCACUCAAGAGUAUUAAAAUCACACUUUUCAGGAAAUUGUGAUUCACAAACUUCCCAUUGAUGCUGUGGGGUAACCUAUGACCGGUUUAUCUUUAGACUUCUCAAACGAUUGGCUAUAGGCAUCCAGCAUGCCGACUAUGGCUAUUGGAGGAGGCCUUCUAGAUAAUUAAAUUGAAGGCCGCAGCUUGGCAGCAAGGUGAUAAGUACACUCAUAAUCAGCUGAAGCGAAAAUUUAACACCUUACGCUCCACAAUCGCGAGGCAUAUUAUAACCAAGUGGCGGAUGAUGUCGAAUUUGGCUUAGCCGGGGUGACUUGAAGCCAGCAUUCUGUGCCAUUUGCAACCUCAGCGGUCAGGAUGUAGUCACUACAAACUGCAUCCUGAAUGACAGCCAAGGCCACCCAUGUAAAUCGGAUGAUGACCGUCUCUCACGGUGGGUGGAACAUUAUCACAGCGUCCUGAACCAUCUUCCAGCUGCUGCUUAUUCAGAGUUGGAUGAUCUGGCAGUCACUGCUGUUCCAGAUCCAGACAUUUGUACUGAUGCAUCAACAUUGGAUGAAGUGAAGUGUGCCAUCUCUAAACUGAAAAACAGACAUGCAGCCAGUGCUGAUGGCACCCCCUCAGAGCUGCUAAAAUGUGCUAUUGCUUCUAUAGCAGAAUCACUUCUGGCCAUCUUUCGUCUGGUGUGGAGAACUGGAACCCUGCUAACUGCCUGGAAGGACAGUUUUAUGAUUUCACUCUAUAAGGGCACAUGUUUGUCUGGGGAACUAGAUGUCAGCACCUUUUACAUCAGUGUCUGGUGUUAGGCAGGAUUGUGUUCUGGCCUCUGCACUCUUUUGUCAGGCAAUGGAUUUCAUAAUGCAGCAUUCUGUCAGGUCCAUAGCCACUGAGAUCGGUGAUCUCUCGCUCAUAGACCUUGACUACGCUGAUGACGUUGUUCUUUUAGUACAGAGCCCUGACAGGUUUCAUGAGGCACUCCAGCAUAUGGAAGAGGAGUCAGCGAAGAUAGGUCUCCAUGUUUCGUGGUCAAAGACAAAACUGAAAAAUCUAGGACCAGGUCGACAUGCGACUCCAAUCUCUUUGAACAACGAAACCAUAGAAUCAGUUUCUAGCUUUUGCUAUCUGGGUUCUGUACUUACCAGCUCCUCCAAUUCUCACGUGGAAUUUCUCCAUCGGAUUGGCAUCACAGCAUCUGCCAUGGGCCGUUUACAAUGGAUAUGGAAUCAGCAUCUUCAUCUUAGUAUGAUGACCAAAUUCAGUAUGUAUUUGAGCUGUAUCCUUCCCAUACUGUUGUUCGAGUGCAUGGCACAGUGUCCAUGUUUCGCAGACUGGACAAACCUGGAGACUUUCCACACAAAAUGUCCAUGUCGUAUACUGGGCAUAAAGUGGAAUGACUUCAUCUGUAAUGCAGAUGUUUGUUUGUUUGAGUCUACAGACUGCUGGGACUAUUGUCAGCGGGCGACACCUUAUGCUUUUCAGACGUGUCGCAAGGAUGCCACAAGACGUUCCAGUGAAUGCCAUUCUCCAGGAACGGACCAAAUGGCGAAUGAUUGCUACGGCCAAUUGGCUAAGCGUUGAAGAGAAGAAGCCGGCUGUAGGAGGGAUUCUAGCCACAUUUAGAAAGUAAGAAGUGUUAUCUGGAAAAAAACUGUUAGUAUUAAAAAUAAUUUGAGGGACUCAGUAUUGUGUAAGUGGUCUCUUUUGGGGCAUGUUUUAUGUACAGCCAGCCUUUUGAAAAAGGUUUCUCAUUUAAAAACCAAAACACUACUAGUCACUUCGAACUUUUAAAUAAAAAUCUGUUAGCAGAUGAGAUUUUUACCCUGCUCUGUGCAGAGGAUAUGCAUGCUGGCUAGAGUCCAAAUUUAUCCCCAUCUUCAGGUUUGCUUUGUAGUUAGUUAAAAUAACAGCACCAACACACAAACGUAACCUUAGUGUGGCUGUUCCUAGGGUUUCCUCUGCAGAAUCUCACUGCUUUUUGGAGAUGCUCUUACCCCUUUUUAUUAUACUAAAUUUAAACCAACUGGACAAGCUUACCUAACCUCAAAGAUUUGGCAAAAAUACCUCUACUUCUUUAAGUAGGGUUCAUGCUGUUGGUAUCCAAAUGACUUAACAGAAGACCCCUAACGACAGGUGCAGGAUCUCCCCUACGUUCCUUUACAUAAUAGUUAAAUAAUACAUGUCUGGUACGGCCAAAUCCUUACCUUAUUGAAACCAUAAAUCUUUACAAC